AAAGCAGCCGCCAUAUCUGAAUGCGCUUUAAACACAGACAUGUUUAUGUUGAGCCAGUUGAGAAAUACAGCAGGGAGAACUAUAUAGUGCUUUAUUAUCAGUCAAUAUACAUCCGACAGACAGGGUAUAAAGAUGUCAUUGGUGGAUUUGGGAAAGCGUCUUUUAGAAGCGGCUCGGAACGGUCAGGAUGAUGAGGUCAGGACGCUGAUGGCCAAUGGAGCGCCGUUCACUACUGACUGGCUUGGAACAUCUCCAUUACACUUAGCAGCUCAGCAUGGUCAUUACUCUACUGCUGAAGUGCUGCUGAGGGCGGGUGUCAGCAGAGAUGCCCGAACUAAAGUGGACAGGACCCCACUGCACAUGGCGGCCACAGAGGGCCAUGAGGUCAUUGUGGAUUUAUUAAUCAGGAGUGGUGCUGACAUCAAUGCCAAAGACAUGUUGAAGAUGACUGCUCUUCACUGGGCUGCCCAGCACGGCCAUCACAACGUGGCAGAGCUCUUGAUCAAAAAUGGCGCUGAUGUACAUGCCCUCAGCAAGUUUGACAAGUCAGCUUUUGAUAUCGCUGUCGACAUACAACAUGCUGAACUUAUACACCUAUUACAGGAGGGAAUGCAGAAUCAGGUGAACCGGAACGCCGAAGCGUCAAUCAUAAACGGCAGCUCCACCCCACAGUUCAUCAUUCAGGGCGUCCCAAACAUCCAAGGGGGAGUCGUCAGUCUCACUGACUUGAUCAAAACCAACUCAGGUGACACAGAGGAGGCCAUUGCUGUCAGUGCCUUGGACUCAAGUAUCCAGCAAGUGGUGAAUGAUUCAGGUCAGAGGGUCAUAACCAUUUUGACAGAUCAACAUGGAAAUCUGCAGACAAAUGGACUCGGCCAACCGUUCUUUGUCACAAUGCAGGAUGGACGACAAGUAUUGGCAGUUCCAGCCAAUCAAAUCACAGAGGAAGUGGUAGAUGACUCCGAACCUCCUGCCCGUAAAAGAAAAAUCGAAGUUUCAUCCAAUAAUGCAGAGACUGGUGAAACAGAGCAUCUCCAGUGGCAGUUACAGGAAGCUAACAGGAAAGCUCAAGUCUAUCGUCAGCAGUUGCUCCGCAAAGAGCAGGAAGCCGAGGAGUACCGCAUGAAACUGGAAGCCAUGGAAAACGGACAGACCAACGGCACAACAGCCCUGGACCAGGAACAUGUCGUGUUUGUGCAGGAAGACGUCGGUAUUGAAGAAACAACGGAGGGAGAAGAGGAAGUUGUGAUGUUUUCAGAAGGUGACGUAGUCAUCAAAACAGAAGAGAUCGACUCUGCGGACGAGCAGAUAACUUUAGUGGAAGCCACGGCGGGUCACACAGAAGUCAUUUCGUAAAAGAUGACCCAAGAGCGUUGGACUCAGUGCUCAAGCAGCCAAAGAGUGCAUCAGCACGGUUUUACUUUGGUUCAAUUUGAAUUUUUUUGGCAAUUAAGUCCUUUUUGUAAUUUAUUUCCUUGUUCUGUUUUGGUUAAUGUUUCUUGCUUCAAAUGAAAGUUCAGAAAGAAACAACCACAAUGUGCAUCAUAUGCACACACACACACACACAACCAGGGAAGAUGAUUUUUUCUGGGAGUCUGUAUCUGUAGUGUCCUUAAAAGUGGUCCCCCAUGAUUUGUCCUGAAUGGGUUCAUCAAAACAGCUGGAAAAGGUUCACUCAGGAUGGAACUCUUUGCAAACUUUUUUUUUUUGAGCUCCUGUAGAAAUGUAGCUGCCUUAUUCAGACAAUUAGUUUCAUGGCUUUUGAAAUUAAACAGUGAAACUUCAUCUCAGAAUGCAGCAGUGUUAUGUGCUCUAUGCAUUGGAAGUAAAAUAAUGCACCGAUUUCAAGAACUUGAUUUAUAGUCAAUCUUUUUCUUCUUCUGUUGGUCGAUUUUAAAAAUCUAUAGGUCAAUUAAAAGUGCCUUUGGUCAUGUUUAGUUUUCACUCAUAAAGGAUUCAACAUGAAUUAUCGCAUAUAUGGUGUUUGUUUCAGUGGGUAUAAAGCAUAAUUCCCAUUAAUUGAACAUUUAACUCACAUUCCUUAUGUAAAGUAUUUUUUUUCUUUCUCUGCCUAUGUAUGUUGUUUAAUUACUUUGAAUCUUAAGUUGGAAGCUCUCGUGCACAAGCUUUCACAAAUGUAAAAAGUCUAAAUCCAGUAUCAGGUUUUGUAUUUUAUAAUGCAUAAAAUGUGACUUCCCUGCGUUAUGACAAAAUAAUAAGUGGUUUCUGAGGUGCGUAAUUAUCUGACAUACUGAUAUCUGCAUUAGGUGGCGAAAUCAGAAGUGAUUUCAAUUUAAUCAAAUUUUGUGCUGUACAAGAGAAAAUAGUGGCAGUGAAUGAUGUUUGUCAAAGACAUAAAUAUAGUAACCUCAGGAGAAAUGGUCAAUUUUGAGCAGCCGAGAUGCGUAAAUAUCUCGCAUAGGAAUAAUGUAAUUAUUUGCCCUUUGAAACAUUCGGAAAUUUAUGAAUGUUUCUUUUUUUAGACGUAACUAUUCUCACACUGGCACUACAGUUUAUGGAGCUACACUGGUGUAAAUGCAAAAUCUUGAGCUUAGAGUUCUCCCCCACUUGUUAUGUGCUUAAGUGAUGUAUAAAGCUUUUGACUUAUUUUUGAUUAAAAAAUACUGCGAUUA